GAUAUAAAAAAAGAGAGAGAAAGAGAAAGAGAGAGGGAUAUAAAGAGAAGGAGAAAGAGAGAGAGAGAUAGAGAGAGGAGAGAGAGAGAAAGAGAGAAGCCCGUUUCCGGUAGCUUCGAGAAAGUGAAAAUGAAACGUGGUUGCCCGUCGUAGUAGCAACUUCUUCGUUCGUUCAAAGAACGGAGGAGGAGUGUGUCGAGGGAGCGUGGAAGUUGUUUUAAGGGUAAGGGGGCGUGAGGAAGGCCGAGGAUGUGGCUUUUUCGUCUCGUUAUCGUCUACCUUUGCGCUGAGAUCGUUCUACCAUCUAUGACCGAAGGCGAGCGAAGAACAAGUGGUGGUACUGGUGGUAAUAGUGGUGGUAGUAGUAGCAAGAUAUCGAAGAGGGCUAAGCCGGUAGAGUCGGAAGAGGAGGAAGAGGAUUACUAUUACGACGAGGAAACAGAACCGGUGGACGAACGCAACAAUCCUACGAACGAGGCACCUGCCGUUCCACCAGGAUUUCUCAGUCCUUCUGUUCGAGAGUAUCUCGAUCUCGGUAAAUCGAUACCUGGUCGGCCGGGAACGGAUUAUCCGGUGCUAGGAAAGGUGCCGUAUACGAAUUUCUAUUGCGACGAUCAGCCCUAUCCAGGGUUUUUUGCCGACGUUGAGACCAGAUGCCAAGCUUGGCAUUAUUGCGACAUAGAUGGCCGACAGGCGACAUUCUUGUGCCCGAAUGGCACGCAAUUCAGUCAGGUCGUCUUCGUUUGCGACUGGUGGUUCAACGUUAGAUGCGAGCUCAGUCCAAAGCUUUACGUCAUCAACAGCCGAUUGUAUGGGAAACCUACGGAGGAUCCUACAAGGCCACAUCGCGUCAUCACUAAGGAACUACUCGAAAAUAUCUUCGUUAAACGAAAAUAAGCCAGCUGGUAACAUCGAGCCGCUCAUUCAUAUCCAUCGGGAUGCAAGGAUGAAUAGAGGUCACCGAACUUUCCCCGAAGGACAAUAAUUUUCCCGGGGACGUUACUACAUUCCUCGUUGGCCGACCGACAAACGUUUUCCCAGGGUCCAUUUAAAUGGGUCAAUGUGCCGUCGUCCUCACCCUUGACCAACACAGAAAAUCUAUAUAUAAAAUAAAUACACUAAACUGGC